AUGGCGGAGCAGAGCCACAAGCACUCCCAGUUCAAAGGCCAGCCGCGACUCCCCAAAUUCGCCGUUCCCAAGCGCUACGAUCUCAAGCUCAAACCCGAUCUAACCGCCUGUAAAUUCUCCGGCGCCGUUCAAAUAUCCGUCGACGUCGUUUCGGACACCAAGUUCCUCGUCCUCAACGCCGCCGAGCUCGCCGUCGAUCCUAAAUCCGUCACUUUCACAUCCAGUGAUAAGGUUUUGGAAUCAGUAGAGGUAGAAUUGUUUGAGGAUGAUGAGAUUGUUGUGUUGGAAUUCAAGGAAAAUUUACCAGUUGGUGUAGGUGUUUUGAACAUCGACUUUGAGGGGACUCUAAAUGAUAGAAUGAAAGGCUUCUACAGAAGCACUUAUGAACACAACGGCGAGAAGAAAAACAUGGCUGUGACUCAGUUCGAGCCGGCUGAUGCUAGGCGGUGCUUCCCCUGUUGGGAUGAGCCUGCUUGCAAGGCGACAUUCAAGAUUACAUUAGAGGUACCAUCUGAGCUGGUAGCACUUUCCAACAUGCCAGUCAUAGAAGAGAAAAUGAAUGGGAAUCUAAAGACAGUUUACUAUAAAGAAUCACCAAUCAUGUCCACUUACCUGGUGGCAGUUGUAGUCGGGCUGUUCGAUUAUGUUGAGGACCAUACUCCUGAUGGAGUCGUUGUCCGUGUAUAUUGUCAGGUUGGCAAGGUUAGUCAAGGGAAGUUUGCCCUAGAUGUAGCUGUCAAAACACUUGGCCUUUAUAAAGAGUACUUUGAAGUGCCAUAUUCUCUUCCUAAGUUGGACAUGAUUGCCAUUCCUGAUUUUGCUGCUGGGGCCAUGGAGAAUUAUGGUCUUGUUACAUACCGAGAAACAGCUUUGCUUUAUGAUGAUAAGCACUCGGCGGCUGCUAAUAAACAGAGGGUUGCUGUUGUUGUAGCCCAUGAGCUGGCACACCAGUGGUUCGGAAAUCUUGUGACCAUGGAAUGGUGGACUCAUUUAUGGUUGAAUGAGGGAUUUGCCACAUGGGUGGCCUAUUUAGCUGCUGAUAGCUUGUUUCCAGAUUGGCAGAUUUGGACUCAAUUUCUCGAUGAAAGUACUGCUGGGCUUCGACUGGAUGCUCUUGAAGGAUCUCACCCCAUAGAGGUGGAAAUCAAUCAUGCUGGUGAAAUUGAUGAAAUUUUUGACGCAAUAAGUUAUAGGAAGGGAGCAUCUGUCAUCCGGAUGCUUCAGAGUUAUCUUGGGCCUGAAUGUUUCCAGAGGUCACUUGCUUCCUAUAUCAAAAGAUACGCUUGCUCGAAUGCGAAAACAGAAGAUUUAUGGUCAGUACUUGAGGAGGGAUCUGGUGAGCCCGUGAGUAAACUGAUGGACUCUUGGACCAAACAGAAAGGCUAUCCUGUUGUGUCCGUGAAAAUCAAAGACCAAAAGUUGGAGUUUGAACAGACACAAUUUUUGUUGAGCGGUUUUCGAGGUGAAGGGCAAUGGAUUGUUCCAGUGACUCUGUGUUGUGGCUCUUAUGACACUCGUAAACAUUUCUUGCUGCAAACGGAAAGUGAGACUCUUGAUAUUAAAGAAUUAUUGUGUGGCUCAAAUUCAUCUGCCCGCCCUUGGAUCAAAGUCAAUGUGGGACAAACUGCUUUCUUUCGGGUAAAGUAUGAUGAAGAGCUAUCGUCCAGACUCAGGGGUGCAAUAGAGAAAAAGUCUUUGUCGAUCAGUGAUAAAUAUGGAAUUUUGGAUGACUAUUAUUCAUUGUCCAUGGCAUGCCAGCAAUCUUUGAGCUCUUUGCUUGCAUUGAUGGGUGCUUUCAGAGAGGAGCUUGAUUACACAGUUUUAUCUAACUUGAUCACUAUGUCUUUUAAAGUGGCAAGCAUAGUGGCUGAUGCUGCGCCUGAUUUGCUAGCCGACUUGAAACUGUUUUUCAUCAAUCUUUUCCAGAUUUCUGCCGAGAGGCUUGGAUGGGACCCUAAGCAAGGGGAAAGCCACCUCGAUGCCAUGUUAAGGGGAGAGCUUUUAUCAGCACUAGCUUCGUUUGGGCAUCAACAGACACUAGACGAGGCCAAUAGGCGGUUUCGUGUAUUUUUGGAUGAUAGGAACACACCUGUUCUUCCUCCUGAUUUGAGAAGGGCAGUAUAUGUGGCCGUAAUGCAGAAUGUGAGUACAACAGACAGAUUUGGCUAUGAAUCUCUUCUGAGGAUUUACAGAGAAACUGACCUUAGCCAGGAGAAAACGAGAAUAUUAGGCUCAUUAGCUUCCUCUCGGGAUCCUGAAAUUACUCUCGAGUUUCUGAACUUCUUGCUAUCAUCUGAGGUUAGGAGCCAAGAUGCUGUAUAUGGAUUGAGUGUUAGUCGGGAAGCUCGUGAAAUCACAUGGACUUGGUUGAAAGAAAAUUGGGACCACAUCUCCAAGACUUAUGGAGCUGGAUUUCUGGUAACACGCUUUAUUUCUGCCGUUGUGUCUCCGUUCACUUCAAAUGAGAAGGCUGAGGAAGUAGAGCAGUUUUUCGAUAGCCGUAUAAAGCCUUCCAUUGCGAGGACAUUGAAACAGAGUAUCGAGAGGGUCCACAUAAAUGCGGCUUGGGUUAGAAGCAUUCAGAGCGAGAAAAAUCUUGCCGAGGCUGUUAAGGAGCUAGCUCACAGAAAAUACUAA